AACUAAAUAAAAAAAUUUUUUGCAAUUUUGUUGAAAAUUUCAAAAAGGUGAGAAAUGGGAAAGAAAAAAGAGCAGAGAAAAAGGGAGAAUGUCGAAUUGUUUCCAUCAAAUUCUUCUGCCUUUUGCUUGCAAUACCCACUUCGGCAUUGUCACCUUCCAUAAGGGGAGAUUUUUCACUAUGGAGAAAUUUUUCUUGGAGAAGAAACAGGAAAUGGUUGCCCUAACAAGAAUUGGCCUUCAUGGUUCAUAGCCUUGCGAUUGUGGGCCAAAAUCUUGGCCCUUAACAUUGCUGAGAAAGGAUUCCCAAUACCUGUUUAUAACAGGACCGACUCAAAAGUUGAUGAGACUGUUGAAAAAGCUAGAGAAGAAGGGAAUCUCCCUGUAUAUGGAUUCCAGGGACCAGAGUCCUUUGCUUGUUCUAUCUAAAAACCUAGUGUCAUAUUGAUGCUUGUGUGCUUUCAGAAUUCUUGUAACAAGAUUGAUGUCAUUUGUUUAGUUAUAUCUGAUCGCUGGAUAUGACUAUUAUAUAAAUUGAUGUUUUGUCC